GUAGCGCAACUGACGGGGUCUUUGGGACCCUUUUUCCGUUCCCCCUCCCCCCACCCCCUUUCUUCCUCCCUUGCCUCGCCGCAAACCCCAAUCUAAACCUCUGGAAUUUCUAUUAGUUUGGAUCUCGCGUUCGUGUGAUCUCGUUCGGAGAGGGGAAAAAGCUUGGACCUUUGGAAUCCAUGGCGGAUGCUUUGGCUCAAAUGACGCUCCUUUCGCCCCAUGGCCACCGUUCUUUGUCGCGCUCUUCCGACCGGAGAAACCGCCUUGUUUGUGCGUCAAAGGAUGAUCUCUUGAGGUCUUCGUCUUCUUGUAAUAGCCAGUUCCAUGGGAGAAGGCUGGUUAUUGGCGCACAGAGAGAGAGGCCGUUGAGAGGCAACCGAGGUUCUAGCUCUGUGCAGAUGACUCUGUCCUUUAAGAAGGCUUCGAAAUGGUGGGAGAAGGGGCUUCAUCCCAAUAUGAAGGAUAUCAAGUCGGCUGAGGAUCUCGUCGACUCCUUGUCGAACGCGGGCGACAAGCUCGUCAUCGUGGAUUUCUUCUCCCCAGGAUGUGCAGGCUGCAGAGCCCUCCACCCAAAGAUCUGCCAAUUCGCAGAGUUGAAUCCAGACGUUCAAUUUCUCCAACUAAACCACGAGGAACACAAGUCCAUGUGCUACAGAUUGAAUGUCCAUGUUCUCCCCUUCUUUAGGUUCUAUCGCGGAGCGCACGGUCGCCUGUGCAGCUUCAGCUGCACCAAUGCAACCAUCAAGAAAUUUAAGGAUGCUUUGGCGAAGCACAUCACCGAAAGAUGCAGUCUUGGGCCAGCCAAGGGGCUGGAGGAGACGGAGCUCCUUGCCUUGGCUGCAAACAAGGAUCUCUCCUUCACCUACACAAGAACGCCUGUUCCCGGACCUGAUGAGCUUGCAGAGAAAGCUCCAUUUAACCCAAACCUACCUGUGCAUGUUGCUGCUAGACUCACCCUGGAAUCUGAGGACAAGGCUUUUGCCGCAGCCGGUAGAUGAGACGGUGCUCAUAAGCUGCCAUCCAUGCUUCCGUUCUGCGUCGCUGUGUAAUUUGUGUGUCUGUAUAUAUAUAUAUAUGUUUGAUGAUUUGCUGCUGUAGUGCAGGCUGUGAUGUUUUUUGGGUUUGAGAAGCCUGCUUAUUGGUUAUGUAUGUGGUUGGAUAUGACGAGAGGUGUGCUUCCUCAAUUUGUAUUGCUUAUAUUACGUAAAUGUUUCUUCGUCAAAUUAUAUGGGUACUAA